AUGAACCAGCUCAUCGACGGCACUGAAGUAGUGGUUGAAGCCCAUCCGAAUUUGAACGUAAGCAGAUGCGUAAUUUCCUGCUACGAUUUGAUUCAGAUUGAAGAAAAAGAUGUUCUAGCAGAAAUUUCAAACCAGGGAGUGACUCGUGUACAGCGAAUUACACGUAAAGAAGCCGAAAAGAGAGUGAAUACGCCAGCACUCAUCUUGACCUUCUGUAAGACCACAUACCCGGAAUACGUGAAGAUCGGUUUGCUUCACGUUCCUACUCGUCCAUAUUUCCCGAACCCGAUGCUCUGCUACGGGUGCUUCAACUACGGCCAUACACGCGUUCGCUGUCCUGGUCCUCAGCGAUGCUUUAACUGCUCGAAAGAACAACACGGCGAAGACAAAUGUAAAGAAACUGCAUACUGUCGGAAUUGUGAAGGCGAUCACCAACCAACGAGCCGCGAAUGUCCUGUUUAUAAAAAAGAAAUGGGGGUCAUAAAAAUAAAAGUCCGCGACAAUCUAACAUUCCCGGAAGCACGUAAACGAGCUGAACAUCUGAGUAAAGGCAGCUAUGCUCAGGCCACAGCACAACCGAAUGAGAUCCUUAGCAAGCUGAAAGAGUUAGAGCUAACAAUGAAGAGGAAAGAUGAGCAUAUAGCAAAACUUCUGGCGGAGACCAAACGCAAGGACGAGAAAAUUGAGCAAAUGAUGAUGUACAUCCAUCAGAUAAAGCAACAGUUCACCAACCAAGAAAAACCACAGCACUGCAAAGAACAGAAGCAAACGAACCAGCCAAUAGGACCAGUGACGAGAUCCAGGAAUAACUCACCAGCGGUUAAUACGGAUUCGAAACGAGGACGACCGCAGAAACAACAUACCCCGUUCAGCAAACCCACGACAACCUCACCGAGCCCACCACCAAAAAGAACCGCUACCGCUACCACCAACGAAACCAUGGAUUGUUCAGACGAUGAAAUUGAGUUUACCGAGACGCGUCCUAACCAGCCUCUUCGAUAA